AUGACUGCCCGGUUGCUUCAUCCCGAUGAAUGGGAAAUGGCUUCGCGAUCGUCAAUUGACUCGCAGGGUACAUUUAACCUAGACGAGGCCGAUUUUGAAUCCCAAGUCCCUCCCACAUCCCAAUUUGGCAAACGCCGACUGCCUUGGCUAUCCCGGCUCUUUUCGACGGCGACAACGGGAUAUCGUCGUCUGAAGACCAACUCAAGACCAGCUCUUGCAGGCACCCCACGCCCAAGCUGCACCCGCCGAUUCUGCAUUCGCCGCUGCUGCUAUAUCCACGUGGUUGCGGGUAUAGUUUUCGCCCUUACGCUCUUCACUUCGAUCCUGUUCCCCUCGUAUACACACCCACCAGCGCACUACUCUACACUCCGCGAAUCGGUGCUUGGAAGUUCAUACUCAGGACGUGGAAACCCGCGGGGUGAAAAGGUUUUUAUUGCGGCUAGUCUUUAUGACAGUGGGGGUGAGCUUGCUCGGGGCCAAUGGGGGGAACAGCUCGUUGAUCUCAUUGAUCUACUCGGGCACGACAAUGUAUUCUUGAGUAUCUAUGAAAACGACAGCGGCGACGAGGGGGAGCGUGCACUGCGUGAGCUGGAGAAGAAGGUGACAUGCCAAAAGUCCAUUGUUUCGGAGAAGCACCUGGACCCAAAGACUCUGCCAACUGUGACCAUACCAGGUGGAUCCAACCGAGUGAAGCGAAUUGAAUAUUUGGCACAGGUACGGAACAAGGCGUUACAGCCAUUGACCGACCUUCCAAAUAUGAAGUUCGAUAAACUCCUGUACAUGAACGACAUCCUCUUCCACCCCAUCGACACAGUCCAACUUCUCUUUUCCACCAACGCAAAUGCGGACGGCAUCGCACAAUAUCGCGCAGCGUGUGCUGUAGACUUCGACAACCCCUUCAAGUUUUACGACACAUAUGCAACCCGCGAUCUUGAAGGCUACAGCAUGGGCCUCCCCUUUUAUCCCUGGUUCACAACGUCCGGCAAGGGCGAGAGUCGAAGGGACGUGCUUGCCGGCAAAGAUGCCGUGCGAGUACGCAGCUGCUGGGGUGGAAUGGUCGCUUUUGAUUCGAAAUAUUUCCAAUCCGGGUCGCCACCCACAUCACCAAAUCCAGCACGCUUCCGCUCCAGUCAUGAUCUAUUCUGGGAAGCCUCAGAAUGCUGCCUCAUCCACGCGGAUAUCCAGGAUCCCCAGACUAAUGUGGACGAGAUUUCUGACACUGGCAUCUACAUGAAUCCAUUUGUGCGGACUGCCUACAAUCAUCGCACACUUUCGUGGCUCGGUGUCACUCGUCGCUUUGAAGGACUGUACUCGUUCCUUCACAACCUGGGCAAUCAUCUCGUUGGCCUUCCUUGGUAUAAUCCCCGGCGGGCGGAGGUCCUCGGUCAAAAUGUCAAGGAGACGGUCUGGGUCCCGAAUGCAAAGUUGGAUGGCGGUGGUUCAUUCCAGGUUGUUGAUCGGGUUGCUGGCAACGAUGGCUACUGUGGACGUCGUGGUCUUCAGGUCAUUGUUGAAGACCGGAAACCUGGGCAGAAAGGCUUUGAAAAUAUUCCUGUGCCCUCAUAG